AUGGCAGACACCCCUGCACAGGCCCAGCAGGCCGGCCAUAUGUCUACUGAAAUCGCCACCAAGAAAGACGAGGUUUCCACUGUGCUAAAUGAACUCGAUGAAAGCAAAGACUUGUCGAGAGAGUCGAGCGAGCCCGCUGAUAGCGAUGGGCGACCAGAAGCAAGCCUGACAUGGAAGAUUGUUGCCAUACUGUUGGUCUCCGCCAUUGGCUUUGGGGCUCAUUGGAGCUCAGGAAUCACCGGCGCGAUGAAGUCGACGCUCAAGAAAGAACUGCACAUCAACAACACCCAGUUUGCGCUUCUGGAAGCCAGUGAAGAUUUCAUGGUCACGGCGCUGAUCCUCUUCAGUGGUUUGGUGACUGAUAGGAUUGGUGGAGCAGGUAACUACUUCCCUUACCAAGAGUCUCUCGAACGAGCGUUGGUUGUUCCUGGAUGGCUGACCGGCUUGGUAGGUGCCAUUAUGUAUGGCAAUGUGAUCUAUUCACUCGGAUCCAUCUUGAUCGCUGCAGCGGCGCAGGUUCGCUCAUACCGCUUUAUGAUCGCUGGAAGGAUUAUUGCCGCGUUUGGUGACAUCGCCACGCAAGUAGCACAGUAUAAGAUCUUCUCCUCCUGGUUCCCUCCGAGCAGUGGAUUCGCGUCGACCCUGGGGUUGGAACUCGGGAUCGGGAAAAUUGGCUCUUUUGUUGGCAAGUCGAGUGCCAAUGUCAUUGCGAAGAAUACCGGAAACUUCGCUUGGGUGUUCUGGGUUGCCGUCUUCAUGAAUCUCUUCACCAAUUUCAUGACCGUCGUCUUUUACCAGUUCAACAAGAUCGCAACCAAGAGGUUUGCUUCGGUUUCAGAUCCUGCAACAGGCGAAAAAUUGACGGAAAAGAACAAGAAAUUCGAAAUAAAGAAGGUCCUGGAGUUGCCCUGGAUAUUCUGGUGCAUCAUGAUAUUUUCAUUUUUCCAGACCAGUACUGCUAUCGUCUUUACACAAAAUGCGACAGAGCUGGUAGAGCAACGUUUCGGGACGGACUCAGUGACUGCUGGCUGGUAUUCUUCCACGGUGCAGUAUGCCGGUUUUUUCCUCGUGCCAAUCAUCGGCAUUUUUAUUGACCUGUUCGGAAAUCGUGUUUCGCUCAUGGUCCUAUGUGGCACAGGAACGUUCCUCGCUAUGGCGCUGGUGGCCUACAGUAAUACAACCUCUGGCAACGCGGCAGCUUUUGGGAUUUUUGCAUUUGCAUAUACCUUCGGACCAACCGUAAUCAUUGAUGGGAUCCGGACCUCGAUGUGGAAUCAAUCCGUAUUCGGCUCGGCCUAUGCUGUCAAAAUUGCGAUGAAUAACUCGGUCAACAUCAUCAUACGUGUCGUAACAGGAGUUAUUCAAGAUCGGGACAACAACUCCUACGAUAAGGUCAGCAUCUUCUAUUCAGCAUGGGCUGCCGCUUCAGCUGCGGUUUCGAUCGUGCUUGUCAUUCUUUCCUUGAGGUCGAUUGACCUACGGCGUCUGCAAUGGACUCGCAAGCAGCGCAUUGCGAAAGGAGCCAUCAUCAAUGAACGCAACCGACGUUUUCAUGAUGAGGAAGGGGAAAAGAACAGGAGAAUUUCGAAAAUGUGUUUUGGGUCGUUGAUUGUGUUGAUCUUGGGCGCAUGGUCGGCGUAUUUUUGGGGCGUUGCAACAGGCAACAAUUGA